AUUUGUGUGCGCGGCCCGUACUCUGAUCCGCCACGGUGGGUAUCUUGGCGGGGGUUUCUUUACGCUGUGGCACUCGUGCAUCUGGGGUCUUCGUGUCUGUGUGUAACUGUCUGGCUAGCAGCUAGGAACUCUCGCCCCCGGCUCCUCGGCUCACUCAGUUCCUCCGUCGCAGCCCAGCAGCGAGACGCGCGCCGCCAGUCCGCAAGGGAUGGAGCGGACCGAGGUGCUAAAGCCACGCACCCUGGCCGAUCUGAUCCGCAUCCUGCACCAGCUCUUCGCCGGCGAGGAGGUCAAUGUGGAGGAGGUGCAGGCCGUCUUGGAAGCCUACGAGAGCAGCCCCGCCGAGUGGGCAGUGUACGCCAAGUUCGACCAGUACAGAUAUACCCGAAAUCUUGUGGAUCAAGGAAAUGGAAAAUUUAAUCUCAUGAUUCUAUGUUGGGGCGAAGGACAUGGCAGCAGUAUCCACGAUCACACUGACUCCCACUGCUUUCUGAAGAUGCUGCAGGGAAAUCUAAAGGAGACAUUAUUUGCCUGGCCUGACAAAAAAUCCAAUGAGAUGAUCAAGAAGUCUGAAAGAAUCUUGAGGGAAAACCAGUGUGCCUACAUCAACGAUUCCAUUGGCUUACAUCGAGUAGAGAAUAUUAGCCAUACAGAACCUGCCGUGAGCCUUCACUUGUACAGUCCGCCUUUUGAUACGUGCCAUGCCUUUGAUCAAAGAACAGGACAUAAAAACAAAGUCACCAUGACAUUCCAUAGCAAAUUUGGAAUCAGGACUCCAUUUACAACUUCAGGAUCACUGGAGAACAACUAAGAGCACCAGACCCUCUGAGGUUUUACUUUAAGGUCCGGUGAAAGAUUUGCCUUGGACAGGAAGCCCUCCUUCUAUUUGCUGUCCAGUAAUAUACUUUACAAGGCCAAUACUUAGAUCUACUAUAAGGCAGAUGCUAAUUAUAAGGCAUUAAGUAAGCAAAUAGUGCCCUGAGCUACUGUAGAAGAAAAAAUCCCACUAAGAUAAAAAGGCUUGUGAUUUUAAAGGCCAAAUCAAGUGCUCCACUCAUUUUACCCUCUAAACCCAUUGGAACUAUACUGGGAAUAUCGAUGAAGGUUUUUAUAGUUUUUGGAAACACUGGUCUCUGAACUAUAAUUAGCAAUAAAUAAAAACAAGACAUCAAA